AUGUAUCUUGGUAGAUCAUUCGCUCUUCUGAUAGCUGUUGCUUCAGUUACGGCAGACGGAUCCAAGAAAAAGAUCCGCAUCCACCUUCCACAAAAAGUGAAGCACAUACAUCAUCAUAAAAAGAUCUAUAUCACUAAUCACCCUGCAGCCUCACAGUAUGCCCCGGCCUACUUGCCUAGUGCUGAAGGUGCAGUGGCAGUACCAACGAACGUCGCGCUUCCGGCUGUUGCAAAUAUUGUGCCUCUCAAUUCUGUAGAAUUAUACGAUGAUCAGUCACGUUUGCCGGGAUUAAAACCAGCGGCGUCUAAAGUAUUGCCGCUAUACCGUGCAAGAGGUUAUUACGGACCGACGCCAAAUGAGUGGGAGGAACAGGAAUAUGACUCGGGCUUGACACCAGAAAAUACAGAUAAUUCGUACGCACCUGCAGUUCAUUCGCCACCCCCAGUCAUACAACCUGCCCCUAAUCAUAUUCCAAAAAGAGUAAAGGUCAUAAAAUUGAACGAACAACCAAGAAAGAAAGUUCUUAAAAAACCUAAACAAAAACGUCCCCCAAUAAGAAAUCAGCCCCCACCAGACGACGAACUUCCAGUAUCGAAUUUUCAUGAACAAUUUUAUUCAGACUUAGAUGGAUCGGGGACUAUAAGAAAAAUAAAAAAGCCACAGCGAGUUGAAAAAAUAAUCGAUGGAGAUACCGAACACAUUCAUACAUACAGCGAAGAACAUAUCCAUAAAUUAGUCUUUGAUGAUGCAGCUAAGACAUCUGAUGUAGCUGGUGUUGAUCAGUUAGGCAGUAUGUCCGCAGUUAGUUCGAAUCAUCCGCUUUUCCAAUCUAUUAAAAAUGGGCAAUUAAUAGCAAUCCCUUCAGAACCACUGACAGGUUUUACAGCAAUUGGAUCUUUAGGGACACCGUCACAUCUGGAAUAUGCCGCGUAUAAUCCAAGAGAUGUAACUCAUGAUCAUAUUUUCCAUGACCAUGGAGAAAUUCCACCUGAAGUAGAUCUUACAAAGGAUAAUAUCGGAUUUCCUCCUAGGGCUUCCUAUACUAGCCAGGGUGUGAAAAUUAAUGGUCACAAAAGAUAUAAAAAUAAACAUUUCAAUAAAUAUCCGAAAGCUACAAAAUCGACACCAGGCAAUGACUUAUCUUAUUAUGAAAGUAUAUAUACACCGUACCAUAGAUACAAAGCACCACAAAAGCCACAUAUUCCACAAUAUGACUCGCCAAGAGAACCGAUAGAAGAUUAUAGACCAAUACCAUCGUUUAAAUUCUUCAAUAAAAAUUCCAACAAGUUACGUAGUACCUACGGUAAUAACGCACAACAAACCAAUAUUCCAGCGCCAUAUGCGGUAUCUUCCACUAUUGUGCAUGAUUAUCAACCAAAAUCUUAUCCAGGAGCUCUACCUCCUAAUGGCUUUUCAAAGUAUAAAGAUCCAUUUGUAAAUUUUAAGGACAGCUAUUCAAAUAACUAUGAAUACGAUACUUAUGCUUCGUCAUCAAACGUGUUCACAUCAGAAGAUAAGAACGAUAAUUCGUUAGUGGCUGUCCAGAAUUUAAAAGGCAAAAAGUCAAUAUCAACUCAAAAUAUCAGCUUUGGAGGACAAGAACCGAAAACUAUGGUUGUCGAUCAUUUAGAAGAAGGUAAUAUUGUAUCGGAAUUUCACGACGAUGCACCGUCUGCAUUUGACAAUUUAGGCAGUGAUGAUCACACGGAUAAUACGCAAGGAUCGGAUGCCAUCAGUCCUACAGCUUAUACUAUUAGAGAAUCUUCUCCCGCACAUCCAUACUACACAGCAAUGGCAAUAAAAGCGCUACAUGCUGGUCAAGCACCGGAGCCUGAGGCAUCGAACGAUAACUACCAAUACGCAGAAGCACCUAGCCAAUCAACUACACCAUACACAACGUCUGUAGCGACUACCACCAGCGCUCCAUCGGCUUACUUUGAAAAUCAAAGUACGAGUACAGUCACAACCGAACUACCGACGCUUAUAUCAGAAAACGAACAUCCUCACAGGCAUAAAAAGAAUAUGUCAAAUAAAAAAUCUCGCCAAAAAUACAUAGUGAUUAAUGAAUUAGAUAAAAUGAAUCAAUUCAACAAUGGAGACAGUCAACCACAGACUCGUAAAUUACUUCAUCAUACUCACCAAUUACCAGAAGAUUCCGGUCUGAGAGGGAAGUUUAAAUAUGGUGACAAACUAUGAAGUUAGUUAUAAAAAUAAUUUGUAUAUAGUUGUGAGUUUAGGUAGUUCCGCGUUUGUUACUCUUUGCCGCAAGUGUGAUGAUAUAAAUCUAUGUUUUGAGAACAUUAUUUAAAGCGUGUUGUGGUUAUAAUAAAUCUAACUCGAUCAUAGCUAUAGAUAGAACAAGACGACAAUGGUAUUCAUGCAUUUUAUACGAAUCCCUAGACAAAGUGUUGAAAA